AUGGGAAACAAACAAACCAAGAAUGGUCUGAUGGCCAUCUCGCGUGCAUCCAUUGAAGCACAACCACCUCAUGGUAUCUAUAAAGACUACAUGACGACCAAUAAUAACAAUAAUACUUCCGUCAAGUCAACCAAUAACAAUAACAACACGACAACCACUAACGGUCAAAAUAAUAAUCAAAUAACAACAGCUGCUAAUGAUGAAGUCUCUCAAGCAAGUUCUAAUGCACCAACGGCCGAUUAUAUGGAAUCACCAACCAUGUUCUCCAAUUUACCGACAGCCGUGUUUGGAGUGGAUCUUGCAACGGCUGUUCAGAGGAGUUGUAAAUUAUUGAUAAAGACAUAUGUUCGUGAGAAGAGAACGGGUACAACAAUCGACCAUCAACAAGAUCCAAACCACUCAACCUCCACCACCACUAAUAAUCAUGACAGCAGUUCCACCAACAAUACUCUCACACCACCGGUUGUUGAAAUGGGUUCUCCAUCCUCCGUAACAACCACAACUUCAACCACUUCGACUUCAAAUACAACGUUUCAUCAUCAUCCAGAGGCUUCACACGAUGAAUUGGAAUACAUUGAAACAGUCAAUCAACAUUUAGAAACACUCUAUAUACCCGAUGUGAUUAAACAAUCACUGCGAUUCCUCAACUCGUAUGACUCGCUCAUUGAAAAGGGCAUUUACCGUAUUCCUGGUGAUACGAAACGAGUGAAGGAAUAUCGAGAUUGUUUUGAUCGAGGGGAGAGUAUUGAUUUUCUUGCAGAAAAUACUGAAAUUGAUAGGAAGAAACAAUUGGAUAAAGAGAAUGGAAAAACAAUGGUCGAUGCUUGUCAUCAUGGUAUAAAACAUGAUGCACUUGAUGUGGCUGGUCUUAUAAAACUCUACCUUCGUGAAUUGCCAGGAGAAGCCUUGCUCUUCACACCACAAACAGCACAAGAAUUUACUGUAUCAUUUCUGAAAAAUAUAGUGAACGAAGAGGACAAAGUAGCCUCUGUCAAACGUUCCAUAGGACGAUUACCUAGAGCCAACAAGGAAACGUUGCAAGCUCUUGCCGAACAUUUUAGACUUGUGACGAAAUAUGAGAAAAAGAACAAGAUGUCGAUUGAUAACUUGAUCAAAUGCGUUUGCGGAACAUCACCCUUUGUAUCAUCCAUUUACAUCAUGGUUCAAUACUAUGAUGAAAUUUUCAAACCAGAAUCAAACAAGCCACACGAAGAAGAUCCAAACUCUACUAAAAAUUUGGAAUGGCUCUUAAUUGCACAAGAGCGACAAAUGAACAUGGGAGGAAAUAAUAAUUUAUCAAAUGAAGCUCUUGCUGGAAAAGCCAUGAAUGCACGAGAGAGUAGAAGAAAAUCUUACUACCAGAGACAACAACAACGAGAGGCAUCUGAAACUACUCCAACCACAGACAAUAGUGAUUUUCUUGUAAAUAGUCCAGUCACAACUGGAGGAAUUAGUGGUGAAAUGGACUCGAUUACACAAGUAUUACUUCGAAUGAAGAAGGAAAAAUCGGAUCAACAAUCUCAUAAUCAUGACUCCACCACAACAACCGAUGAUAGUAACCAAACAUCAUCACAACACGAUGUAAAUUCAAAUUCCACAGAACUUUCCUCAUCCAUUGUGGAAUGCCAGUAG